UGUGAGUGCUGAGGGCCUGCCCUUCAUACUGGCUCUGCCCUACGACGCGUCUACGCCCUUGGGCUUUGCCGUCUCGUGGCUCUUCUGCACCGUAGUGUGCCUCCACGCGGUUGUGAUGACCAUGGCGCUCGACUCCUUCAACGUCAGCCUCAUCGCGCAGCUACGUAUACAACUCACACUGCUCAGCAGCAAAAUAGUCAUUCUCGCCAAAGAGAUGUCUGAUAGACCUGUACACUCUUCAGAAUCGCCUUACUACCACGAGCUUCAUUACCGGCUGAAGAAAUGCAUCCUUCAUCAUCAAGCCAUUAUCAAGAACUCAGACUUGCUGGAGCGGCGCCUAGGGGCCAUGCUGCUGGCACAGAGCAUAUCCAUCGGUGCCGCCGCCUGCUUCCAGAUGUUCCAGAUUGCCACGAGUGCGGAUGGUAUGCAGCAGGUCGGGAAGUUCGGCUGUUACUUGUCUACAAUGCUAGCUGAGCUCUUCAUUUACUGCUGGUUUGGGGACGACCUUAUUACAGAAGUGAGUAAAUCACAGAAAAUAAUCUGA